AUGUCCUCAGAAGAGCCCCAACCCGGCCCCGGUCAGGAUGCUAGCCGCGUCGCCGACCAGCUGGACCGCCUCAACAUGGACGGCGAGGGCGAAGUAGUCCCGCGCACCGAAGAGGAAUACGCAGAGUCGCAGCUUACCCUCCGAGCCAUUGUUUCGUCCAAGGAGGCCGGAGUCAUCAUAGGCAAGGCGGGCAAGAACGUCGCUGACCUGCGCGACGAGACUGGUGUGCGCGCCGGUGUCAGCAAGGUCGUCCAAGGUGUCCACGACCGCGUCCUCUCCGUCACCGGUAGCCUCUCUGGCAUCUCCAAGGCAUAUGGCCUAGUCGCCAAAGGCCUGCUCGAGGGCGCCCCCGCUAUGGGCAUGGGCGGCGUUAUCCGCACCGACGGCACUCAUCCCAUCCGCCUGCUCAUCUCGCACAACCAAAUGGGUACCAUCAUUGGUCGCCAGGGCCUGAAGAUCAAGCAGAUCCAGGAUGCCUCUGGCGUACGCAUGGUCGCACAAAAGGAAAUGCUCCCCCAGUCUACCGAGCGCAUCGUCGAAGUCCAGGGCUCGCCCGGCGGUAUCGAGAAAGCUAUCUGGGAGAUUGGCAAGUGCCUCAUCGACGACCACGAGCGCGGCUACGGCACUGUCCUCUACAACCCCGCCGUCAGGGUUCAGCCUGGUGCUGGUCCGGUCCCUCUGUCCAACGGCGGUGGCGCACCCGCCGGUGGUAUGGGCGGACGCUCGUACAACCGCACUGGUCACGGCGCUGACUUCAGUGACUCGCCUCCUGCCUUUUCUCGACGAUCUGGCUCCGAUGCCGCCAGCAGGCCCCCGCCCCCAACGCACACCGAGGAUGGCGAAGAGAUGCAGACCCAGAACAUCAGCAUCCCGUCUGACAUGGUCGGCUGUAUCAUCGGACGCGGCGGUAGCAAGAUCAGCGAGAUCCGCAAGACGUCCAACGCCCGCAUCUCCAUCGCCAAGGCACCUCACGAUGACACCGGCGAGCGCAUGUUCACCAUCACUGGUAGUGCCAGUGCCAAUGAGAAGGCGCUCUAUCUGCUGUACGAGAACUUGGAGGCCGAGAAGAUGCGCCGCAGCCAGGCCCAGGAGUAG